UCGUGUUUGACGCCGAUGUUUGUCUGAGGAGGUCUGUCUCUGAAAGAGAGAGGCGACAGAGAUGACAGAUUGAAGAAAGGACGCGGAAUUUGACGUCUGGAUCGCCGAAUCUCCUUCUCCAUUUCGAUUUCCUUCCACAGACUUCUACUGUUCUUUCUCAAUUCUUGCCAUUUCCGCCUUCCAUUGCUCCUCCACCGGACCUUCCCUCCAUUUUCACUUCAUCUUCCCUACUUUUCCCUUUAUUCGAACAGCAUCUUCUAGCUCCCAUCGUUCCCUGUCAAUGACGCGGCAAUCCCCCUUUUCACCUCCCCAGAUCUGACCCUUCUGAAUUGCCAUAUCUGCUACCUGCUUUUAUGGGGGUUCUCUUCUUUUAGCUCUACCCGGAUCUCGUGUUGGAUUUAAGGACGGCAAACUGGAAAUGGAACUGUCUUCUUCUGUCAAUUUUCCCGAAAUCCACCGGGAUCCUCCUCCGACGAGUAAAGAAUGCCAAGAUUUUCGUUUGCUUACUGUGUCGUCACAACCCUCUGAUUUUCGGAUCGAACCUGAAAAUCAGUUCCACUCUAUGAGCGCAUUGGAGAUCUUGAGAGAAACCGUUCGGAUUCUUCGCUUUAAUUCUACUGCGUUUGUGGUUAUUGCUAUUUUGCUCAUUUGUCCUGUUUCCGCUGUGUUUCUAUCCAAUGUGUUAGUCGAUGAGUCGAUUGUCAAGAUGCUCACUAUUCGAUUGGUAUUAAUUGCCAAGUCCAGUGGACUCCCAUUGAUACCUAUCAUCGAACAUUCAUGCCAGAGAUUUGCAGAGUCGAUUCUAGCCUCGGCUAUGUGCUUUCCUUUUUUCGUUACUCUUUCUUUGGUAUCAAAAGCGGCCGUCGUUCAUACGGUGGAUUGUACAUAUGCAAAAAAAAGGUCCGAAGCGAGCCAGUUUUUUGCUAUAGUUCGUAAUAUAUGGAAUCGUCUUCUCCUCACGUAUGCUUCGGCGUGUCUUGCGAUUGUUGGUUGUCUUACCAUGUUCUUGGUCCUGCUUGGUGCCGUUUGCUGUACUCUUUACACACUGGCGUUUUCGCCUGAUCUAAUUGUAUUUGCUGCAGUGAUCGUAGGGCUUAUCUUCUCUGUUAUUUUUGCUAAUGCUGUUAUCAUCUGCAACAUAUCCAUUGUUAUCUGUGUGUUGGAAGACAUUGCAGGACCUGGGGCAUUGCUUCGAUCGUGUGUUCUUAUUAGGGGUCAGACUCAAGUGGGUCUUUUGAUAUUUCUGGUAUCUACAAUCGGGACUGUGUUUGUGGAGGGCUUGUUUGAGCAUAGGGUUAAGACGCUGAGCUAUGGAGAUGGGUCGUCCAGGAUAUGGGAAGGCCCUCUUUUGGUGGUUAUGUAUUCAUUUGUUGUCCUUACUGAUUCAAUGAUGAGUGCAGUUUUUUACUUCAGCUGCAGAUCUUCAAGUAUGGCGAUAUCAAAUGGUGAACAAGAUUCAACUUUGGAUACGCCAGUGGAUGAAUCAACCGGUAUUCUUUGAUUUUAUAGCUUCAUAGAUUGAUUAGACACACGUCUUCCAUUGUUGAUGGAUACUUCAUAGAAAUGGAUAUAUAUUGCUACAUUGAUCAGCCUAAGAUGUGAAGAAUCACAGAAAUGCUUGGAAAACUUAGGUUGAUUAGUUUUCUAGUGCUAGAGGCAUACUCAGUGACUAUUUAUAGAAUGUAAACAACCAUUUGGUGGUAUGAGAAACGAUGUUGUGCAGUAGAUAGUUGAAGAGAAGUAGUGACCAACUUAGGAUGAUCAUUUGGAAAAACGCAUUAAGAUCCCAAUGAAGAUGUGGGGUUUUGGCGAAAUGUGCAUUAGAGGCCGCCCGUUUAUGUUCUAUGAUAUGAUAUUUUUCAUUUUGGACAGCAUUUCUGCAUCUGAUUGUUCUGGAACAAGUUAUUAAGACUGUUCGAGGUGCGGCUUCCAACUUUUCUCCACUUAAAUUGCUUUAUUUUGCUCUGAUUUCUUCAGUUGGCUUGCUGCACUUGCUGUUCUUCUUUCCCUUAAAUAUUGGAAUGAUGUGAUAUGAGAUUUGGUUAAAUGAGAAUAGCUUAGUAAAACUUACAGAUUAUCUAUGCAUUCUGAGGUGUGUUCUUCACCAUUUAUUCAAAGUAUCCUCAUGUGUUCCAAUAUCCCAUGAUUCCUAUCAACUAAAGUUUAAUGCAUUUUUUAUAUCUGGGAUUUUGUUCCUGCACAUCUGUGAAUCAAGUGUGGGUUUUGUUCCUGAAUCUGUGGGAACAUAGGACUGUUGUUUGAGAUUUGAGAACCACAGAUUCUAGAACAUCGCUACCGCCGGCAUCAACAGACCAUGACGACGGAGUGGCGUUUAGCAUCGACGAUCAGCGAACAACAACAAUGGGGAAAGGUGAGAGAGGAGGGAUGAUGAAACCAUGUCACGAUUUCAUUAGGCUAACUCCGGGACUAAGUGGUCAGUGACCAUUUGAAAUUUAAGGGACUAAAAAUGUCCCCGUUGAAACUUCAUGGACAAAAAAGACAUCAAUUCCUUCGAUCAAGAGAUCAUCGUAGGUGGGCUUCAUAUCGAAUACGGGCAUGAAGGAAGGCCACCAUGAAUCCUAUCACAUAUACUUUUGGGCUACAGGUUCGAGCCCACAAUUCGACGACCCAAAUAUCUUCAAACAAUGGAGAUCGACGACGAGAUUAAGAAAAUAUACAACAGCACUGUGCUCUGCAACAGACAGAAGAGAGGAGAAAACGUAGAUGAGCGCGUGAAUGUAAAUCCCAAAGAAGGAGAUGAAACGAAACUGGAAGGAGAUGCGAAUUCUGGGGACGAACUGAACUGUGAGAUUAGGAAACGCAAUGGAGACCGUUAGAUAAGAAGAGAGAGAGAGAGAUAGAGAGAUGCGUCCGAUGGAAUGAAGGGCAGGCGGUGGAAAAGGACGAAAGAAGCAGUCAGUCUGAAUGAGGGAAGGGGGCCCUUCCUUCGGUUCCUUGAAAACCGACGCUACGUUACGCCACAAACAGAUAGAUAGCUGGUCGCCAUUGGCGCUAUGUAGAUGCGGAUUCUUGGGGACUGAGCCAGCUGAUGCAUCUUCUGCAUCCUCCUCCAGAAUAAGUGCAGACAAAAUGGGAACUCAAAAAGUCUAUUUACUCUGCCUUUCUUCUUCUUUAUGAUUCCUAAUGGGCAUUGCAUUGCAUGAGUCCGUACUGUCUGCCAAUUUUUGCCUCUCUUUUCCCCAAACUGCCCUUCUCUGUUUUCUUCUCUGUUUUUUUUGCUGUGGCUUGUGGGAUCUCUUUCUGCACUUAUGUCAGUAUGAGUGGUGCAUUUCUGGGGUCAGUUUGGACAAUUUGGAUGCGGUAAUUGGCUUGCCUUCUCCUUUUUUUUCUUUUUCUUAAAUCCAAGGCUGGGGGAGCUUCUGAAUUUGCAACACCAACACUUUGUCUUUCACUUUUCUAUUGCUUUGAUAAAAUAUGAUAUGUUCCUCUAUAAAGUUCUUUUUCUUUUUGUAA